AACUCACACAAAUUUGAUAUUAUCUUCUACCAAAAACCCAUUUCUCAAUUCUCAUAGAGAUCGAGUUGGCUGAUUAGCUAUGUCCAACUUCAAUAUGCAGAACCAAAAUCCUUCCUUUUUCAAGAUCUUAUCGGCUAGCGACUUUCCAUCGGUUCUACGUUUACCACCUUUGUUUGCCAAGAUUUUUGGGGAGAAGCUAUCGUCCACGCCCUCACUCGUCAUGGCUGGUUCUAGGAAAUCAUGGACUGUGAAGCUUAAAAAAAGCAGCAAUCGUUACUUGUUUGCAGAUGGUUGGUCUGUUUUUGUGAAUGAUAACCAGUUAGAAAUUGGGGAUUUUGUUGUUUUCUGGUUGAUGGAUAAUUACUCUACUUUCCAUGUUCAACUCUAUGAUCGCACUUGUUGCGAUAAACGCCUGUCAUCUUCACGCUUCUCCCCUGGAAUUUCAGGUGAAAAUUCAAGCAAUCUUGAUCAGGUUAUAAAGGUGAAGAAAGAAAGCGACACAGAGGAUGAUAAAUCUGAGAUGUUGAUUGGCCCUUGCAAGACCACAACCAAUCCAAGCUUUGUCACCAUCCUUUCAGCAUCCACUGAUGACCAAAUGAUAAUACCAAAAGGUUUCGUGGAAGACACGGGAAUUGCAGGGAAGAGAAAGAUAACGCUACUGGAUGCACAAGGAAAUGAAUGGGAGAUCAAAAUAAGCAAACAAGACGGCGAGUUCGUUAUGUGCGGUGGCAGAUGGGCCGAUUUCCGGAUAGCCAACAGGUUGUCCAAGGGAUAUGUCUGUACGUUUGAGAUGGUCGGAAGUCAUGGCGGCCAUCCUCAACUUCUAUUCCAUUUGGAGAAAAGAUCAAGAGGACGACCGUUGGGCCGAUGAAAGUCCAAAUACAGUUCGUGACUAGAGGAUUGUUGGGAUUGUUGGAUGAAGGGUGAGAGGCCACGCUUAAUCCUAACAAAGUAGACGAGUGAAUAUUGUUUUUUUUUUUUUGGAAACAACUAUAUUAAGAAGACAAGAUAGUUAUGUAGCAAUUGUAUUAAUCUGUCUGUUAGUAGAGUGGUAGA